UUUUUCUUUACACAUGUCUAAUGAUAAAACAUCUUUUCUCUCCUGUGUCUCUGUUGUAGUAAUGUGUGUGUGCGCGCACGCCUCGCGUUGCGUCUCCACGCGUACGCACGCGUGCCUGACCUGUACCGGAGCGCGAGGAGGGGUGUGUUCGGUAUUUGUGUGUGAAAACCCGGCGCAUGCGCUCGACGAGACCCCGAGAGUGGGGAGCGUCAGACCGCAGCGGCUGCAGAUUUUUCCCGUCAGUUGGGGGGGAGAAGCGGCCAGGAGGUGGAGAGGACAGCAGGGAGAGAUGGGAGUACUGUAAUCCCGGGGGGGAGGGAUGGACGGACGGAUUGAUUCAGCACACAAAAGCACGGAGAUUCUCACUUGACACCACAUUACCCACCGUAUUCCGUUCGGAAGCGCCAGGAGCGACGCGGCGAUGGCUGAGGGCAAGUGAAUUACGGGCGCGCGUCCAUCUGAAGUGAUGAGACAGAAGCGCACGGCUGGAACAGUCUGUCAGGUUGUAUAAUGGAGAGCUCCAAUGGCUCCGACACCAAGCCGCAGAGCCAUCAUCCUCAUCCUCAGGUGGAGAAGAAGAGGUUAAACCGCGCGCCUUCCCCUGCCAGACCCGUCCUAAAGGAUGUCCACUCGCGAACGGCCAAACCGAUCGUGCCAAAAUCCCCCAAAUUCAACAAGCAGCAAGCGUCCGCCGCGCCGGUGACGCCUCAGAGCCGCGUUCCGAGACGCACCGUCCCGGGCGCGAAGGACAGAACCGCAUCAGCACCUGCAAAAAGCAACAUCAAGCCCUCAGCGACAAAAAAGGCCGUUAAGGUCACUCAUCAUGCAGCAUCCGAACCGAAACCGGCCUGCAAGGCGGCUGACACCGCUGCUCCGCCGACCGCCAAAAGCAAGGGACGCCUGGCCCCGAUACGCGUUCCCACCGGACGCGGCGUUUGUCAGACGGACAGCAGCUCGGAUUUGUCCGAUUGUCCUUCCGAGCCGCUGUCCGACGAGCAGAGACUCGUUCAGGCCGCCAGUAGCGAUGCGGAGUCGGGCAGCGGCUCCGGUUCGAGCGAGCAGGCGGCCGGGGUUAGGGUGCGCGCACUGGCGCUCGGGGCGGGAGGUUCUCAGGCUGCACUUGUGCCCGGUGCGCACUCGGACAAAUGCAAAGCCGAGAAAGACGCACAGUUUAAACCGGAGGGCAAGGAAAUGGCCCAGGAGGAACUGCUGAGGGAAAUCGAAGACCUUCGAUCGGAAAAUGACUACCUCAAGGAUGAAGUGGAUGAGUUGCGAGCCGAGAUGGAGGAGAUCAGGGACAGUUACCUGGAGGAGGAAGUAUACCAGCUCCAGGAGCUGCGCAGGGAACUGGACCGCUCCAACAAGAACUGCCGGAUCCUUCAGUACCGCCUGCGCAAGGCUGAACAGAAGAGCCUGCGUGUAGCUCAGACGGGACAUGUUGACGGAGAGCUUCUGCGCGGUCUGGAGCAGGACCUCAAGGUGGCCAAAGAUGUGUCUGUGCGUCUGCACAAUGAACUGGAGACGGUGGAAGACAAGCGCACGCGAGCGGAGGACGAAAACGAGCAGCUCAGGCAAAAGCUCAUCGAGGUGGAGAUCUCCAAACAGGCCCUGCAGAACGAGCUCGAGAGAGCCAAAGAGACUGCUCUGCGGAGGCGAGGCAGUAGAGAAACCUUCAAAGAUAAAAAGUCUUUAACUCAGGAGGACAGUGCGGAUCUGCGCUGUCAGCUACAGUUUGCCAAGGAAGAAUCGGCUCUUAUGCGUAAAAAGAUGGCAAAACUUGGACGUGAGAAGGAUGAACUAGAACAAGAAUUGCAGAAAUAUAAAUCAGUAUACGGCGACGUGGACAGCCCUUUGCCCUUAGCGGAAGUGACCGGUGGAGGUCCCCACACUUCUCGGGAAGCCGAGUUGCGGUUACGGCUCAAACUGGUGGAAGAGGAAGCCAACAUCUUGGGAAGGAAGAUCGUAGAGCUGGAGGUGGAAAACCGUGGCCUCAGGGCGGAAAACGAAGACCUGCGCUGCCAAUACGAGAGGGACUGCUUUGGACGCGAACCCUUCUCGAGUGUCCCUACCUCGCCGUAUGGUGGUGAUGCCCUAGAAUCCGCAAGUGAACUGAGGAGGCACUUGCAGUUUGUGGAAGAGGAAGCGGAGCUGCUGCGGCGCUCCAUCUCUGAGAUCGAGGACCACAAUAAGCAGCUGACGUCCGAGCUCAAUCGCUUUAAAUUUGGACCUAGCCAAGCCGACCGAGAGUCCGAGGGAGCUGAGGGAGGAAAUGGUGGCGUGCUUAAACCUGGCAACGGAGGAGGUAAUGGUUUUUCGGGAGCAGGGAGUGGCGCCACACUGCAGGAGGAGCUGAAAUCCGCAAGACUUCAGGUCAACGAGCUGAGUGGGAAGGUGAUGAAGCUGCAGUAUGAGAACCGGGUGCUAAUCUCUAACAUGCAACGCUGUGACCUGGCAGCACACUUGGGAAUACGCACCAGUAGCCCAAGGGAUAGUGACGUGGAUAGUGAUGCCGGGAGAAGGGAAGCAGAUGAGGAUGAGACGGCUAGGCUUUUGCUGCUACACCCCAAACGUGAGGGUCCUGUUGGUGGGGAGAGCGACUCAGAUGACUUGUUUGAGAAAACGGCAACUUCUGGAUUCGCCAGUGGCGAGAAAUCUUCAGAUCCUGGUGAACUGGGAGUAGCUGAGUUGGCCCUGCGGAGACGGGAAGACCGGGAGACGCUCAACAACGUCAGGCGUGAAGCUGAGCGGCUUGGAAAGACAGUAGACCGGCUCAUCACAGAUACGGACAGUCUGAUUCGUGAAGGUCGUUUGGUUGUCCUGGGAGGGGAGCUCCUUGCAGAAGGUUCGGAGUUCAGAGGCGAUGGGGACUCAGCUGAAUCUAAAACCGACUCUCAGGUGCUGGAUUCCAUCAACACCCGCAUGAGGGCUUUCCGUACGGAACUCCAGCAAUUCAUGGACAAAGUGGACCACCUAGGGGAGGGUCUACGGGAUCGCAUCGAUGACCUUUCCCCCAUGCCCAACCUCACCGAAUCUAGCAGCUUCCUUUCUACGGUUACCUCUAUGUCAAGGGACUCACCCAUCGGGACACUAGGAAGGGAUCUGGUGACGGACUUCCAGUACGGGCGCAGGGAGGAGCAGGAGUGGUGCCUAGACCGGCAGAGUGGCCCGGAGGCCCCGGGACAGGGACAGGGCGCCGCUAAGGGCUCCGUCACAGCCAGGGGAGGCCCUGGACUCAGUAGAUACGCCAGGCCCCACAGUUUCAGACCCGAGUGCUGGGAUUUUGAGACUGCUGUUCUGUGUUCUGAUGGGGUCCAGUUCCGUGACCCGGUCCUGGCGGAGAUUGGAACGCCUACUAGAGAAAUACAGUUCCGUCUGGACCACGAAAGGAGGAUGAGAGCUGGAGCGGAUGAGAGAGACAGCUUCACUUCAUCUAUCACUCAGGAGGAGGAGAGGAGGCGAGCCGAGGCCCGGCGAGGACUCGAGCUGCAGGGACUCCAAUCUCACGAGCCAACAUGGCCACAGGAAAGAGUCCUGCUGCAACAGGAAGUGAGGUUGUUUCGCCACAAUAUGGUCAUUGUCUACAUGAAGCUGCGCUGGAUCCUGAUGCACUGGAGACUCGGACGUAGGACGGACGGCUUGGAGGAGGGAGCGCACGCUGAGUAUGAACGAUUGGAGAACAUUCCAGAACUGGGCAUUAUGAUCGACCAGGGCGAUGCAGAGACGGAGAGGGAAGACAAAGUAUGCACCCAAAUCACAGGAAGUGACCUCACAGAGCCCGGCCCACUCCUGCUAUCACCAGAGAGAUUCCAGUACCAGAAACAGGCGGGUGACAGUCGGCGUGUGCUUCAUGCACUGCGCUCCCUGUUGGAGGAGUUCAGGGCGGAGCUCCGCGAGGAGGCGCAGCGGCGCUGGCAGCUGCAGCAGACGUUAGCCAAUGAGAGAGCGGCGUGGGAGAUACAGCGCGCUGAAAUGAGGAGUCACGUCACAAAGUUGCAGGAUAUGACAGGUGAGUCUGCAGACGCAGGUGCAGAUGAAGGUGCAGUUGCUGCAGACGUGUUACAGCAGGAGCGGGAGGAACAGCGCCGUCUGCUGGCCGACAGUCACAGCACAGCACUGGAAUUGCGUUGGAAAUUGCAGCACGGAGAAAAACGCUGGACCCGCGAGCGGAAUGAACUACUGGAACGGUUUGAGAAAGAGAGGCAGGAAUGGGACCGAAACUUACGGGAAAUGCACCGCAAGAUGGAAAAGAUGCAGAAAGACAUUCUCCAGUCAGAAGGAGGUGCAGCGCAUGUCUUCUCCCCUCAGGAGAGCCCCUGUAAGGCUCCUAGAUCUCCACGUUCCCCCUGCACAGCCGCACACACGCGCUCCCACUCCGACUCGGAGGCCACGCUGGAGGAGAAGGGGGCGAUGGGCAGAGCCAGACCUUUUGAGGGACACCGACCUCCAGAGAGCCUGUUCCUGGACGCCCUCUCUCUGGAUCCUCUUAGUGAAGCCGAGGUGCCUCCUCCGUCACGUCUGGAGAGCGAAAAGAGGUUCCCCCACCUGAAGGAAGUAAGAGACAGAGCACUAAAUGAGAUAUCUGAGAGUGUGGAUCCUGCCAUUUACCCUGAGGAAGAGACGAGCAGCGGCAGCCUACUCAGGGCGAAGUCAGUUUGCUCCAUGAGCGACUUCCAGCGUUUGAUGGACAGCUCCCCAUUCCUACCAGAUAAGAGCAAGCAUGGCGAGCACGGACGAGAUGAUGUGACUCCUCCCCUUUCACCAGAUGACCUCAAAUACAUUGAAGAGUUUAAUAGUAAGGGUUGGGAUCUGCCCACCAGCUCCCUGGCUACUUGCCCCAUUCCUGGCCCAGUAAUCCCCUCUCCAGUGAUGGAGGCCUGGGCAGAAAGGGCAGAAUCCCGAAGGGCCGAGUCUACUUCAGAAGCAUUCCAGCCAGCCUCCUGGUACCUGACCACCAGCGCUACCUUAACCACCAACACCAUGAGUAGCCCUGAGUACUGCCAAAAGCUCCCACUCAGGGCAGCCCAGGGGGGUGAACAGUUUGGGGUGCACGUCCUCCAUAGUCCCGUUCGAGGGGAGCGGUCUGCUCCAGGCCCUCCUGAGCAGGAAUACGUGUUCUCCAAAGUGACCAAAGUAAAGGCAGGGGAGGUAGUAGGAGGUGCUGAGGAGGUGUUUGGAGGAAGGUGGCCAUGUGAGCUUAGGACUCAUUUGGAGGCAGGACUUAGGCCUGGAGAACGUCCACCGAUUUGCGCUGCCGUCGGGUAUACCUCAGCAUUAGAGUUGGAGCUGUCGCGGAAUCUGAGCGACGACAUGAAGGAAAAGGCAUUUUCUGCUCGGAAUGCCAUUCGAUCAUCUUCUGCAUCCGGUUCCAGCCCCCCAGAAAGGCAGCUACGGGACAUGGCAAGCCAGACGAAUGGUUUAACCUCGCGGGGAACACAGACCACUCAGACCAUCAGCGUGGGAUUGCAAACAGAGGCUCUUCGCACCCUCACAAGCAGCCCUCACCGCUGUCUAACGCCCAAAGGAGGCUCCACGCCCAUCUCAUCCCCUUCACGUAGCCUGAGAAAGAUGCAGUACUCUCCAGUCGUACAAGCCAAGUUUGAACGCCCAUGCUGUUCGCCGAAAUACGGCUCACCCAAGCUCCAACGGAAACCCUCGAAUUCUGGCAAAGCCGAACAACCUGUCGGCCAAACCCGUGCUCCCACCCCAACAACCACUGCCCAGCAGCCAAAAGGGAACAACGAAUCCGCUUGGGCCCGUUCCACGACCACCAGAGACAGUCCCGUUCACACCACCAUCAACGACGGACUCUCCAGCCUCUUCAACAUCAUCGACCACACGCCCAUCGCUUACGACCCCAUGCAGAAAUUCAACAAGUCCCCCAGCCGCUCUCGUCCCACUGAAGCAGGGCCUCAAGGGCCAGCGGACCCCAAAUCUCCCAGUGUUUGUGCUGCACAGGGGCCUUUGAGGAACUCUCGGGGCCGGUCCCCAAGCCCUGUGCAGCUGAUUGUAGAAACGCAAGGUGAGAAAACUCCAGAGGUGAUUAGCGUUAGACAGGACCUAUCCGCUCCUCCAGGCUACACGCUAGCUGAGAACGCAGCACGAAUCUUGAAUAAGAAACUACUGGAACAGAGCUUCAGAGAAGAAAGAAGGCUUUCCGCUUCAUCCGCAGCUGCUCCGAACAACACCGGAGACAAAGAGAAACCAGGAUGUCUUGAGGACUUGCCUCGUUCGCCAGUGGCUCCACCUCUGGACUCCUGCUUCCUGCGUCCAGCUCGUCCUGCCAACCGCCGACCUCCGUCCCGCUGGGCCGCCCACUCGCCCUCAUCGUCGCCCAACUACAAAGACCGAGCGGAGAGGUUCCGCUUCCCCUCGCCCAUCAGACCGGUUCAGACCAUCCCGGAGACGGAGGAGCCCGGUCAGGAGGUUUUCCCUUAACCAGCCUAGACUACAUCCUUCUGUGCUUUCUGUCACCUUGAGUUCUGUCAGCAACCUGUUUAUCGCAACCUCAAGCGUGAAUCGAGACGUAGAAUAGGAAUUUAGAAUUUCACCAAAAAAGGGAAAUGUGGCGAUAAAUCAGGAUUGUACUUACGCUUUCUCUCUUCUUAACCAUCUCCCGUUCCUGACCACACGUACGCACACCGCCGGAGCGACGGAACCAUCGAGAACCUUUCUAAAAACCAUUUAACUGCCCUGCCACUAGAGGGCAGAGUUCUGUGAGCACCAGCUGAACCGAUCCGAUCGGAAACAGUUCUAGAAAUUCCGUUUCGGAAUCAUCAAGGACCUGGAAUGUACUGACGCAAAACACCGCAAAGUGUUCCAUAAGAGGUGCCUACACACGCGUGACCUCGCAGCGGUCCCGUACUCGUGUGUGUCCGUGUACAUGUAUGCAAUACAUACCACUCGAUAUGUGUUGGUCACAAAGCCGCAAACUUCUUUUCAGAUGUUCUGAAAACUGUAAGUGGAUAGUAAUAACUUUUGUCAGAACAGCAUAAAAGUUUACAUGUGUUGAUUUUUGUUCAUUUCGGGGGUGAAUAUAUCAUUUGUUAAAUUAUGUUCCGUGUAUGUAGUUUAUAAAACUAUUUUCUUAAUUUCUGCGCACACAUCCUGUUUCGUUGGAAACCUUUGAUGCUUGAAUUUAAAAGACUCAGUUGUAUUUGUAAAGAGAAUUAGAUCCAAACUAAAGGAGAAAACACACACACUCUAGUUCGACAGGGACGAAUGAUACAUGAUGUCAAUCAUAAUGUAUUUUAAAACCCAAUGUAAAACUGAAUGUUCUACAAAUGAGAGGAGAGUAUAUUGACACUGAUUAUCCUUAUGCAUAUUUCCCAAGUCUCAAAAUCCUGACGGAAUAUGUACAGGAUUCCAGUUGGAAGUUACGUAACAUGUAAAUCUGCUCUGGCUGAAACAUGCUGCAAAAACGAAGAAGAAAAAUAGAAAACUCAACGUGUUUCUGUCAGAUCCAAGAUUUAAAUGCAUGAAUAUUUAAUAAGCCAUCCAUUGAGGCUGUCUAUGAUUGGUUGUUUGUUGCAUAGCAACUCAUUGUAACAUUCUAGCGCUGCAUCGUUACAUACUGUAGAAUUUUGGCUGUAAAUUACAGAACUAAUGUCAGAAAAUGUUUAAAUGUGAUACAAACCUAAUUUCAAAAUUAAAAGUGGGCAACAUUGCUCACUGAAAAUGUACUCACCCUUCAGUCAUGCAAGGUAUAUAUGAGUUUGUUUCUUCAUCAGAUUUGGAGAAAUGUAGCAUUGUGUUACUUGCUCACCUGUGGAACCUCUAUAGUGAAUGGGUGCCGUCAGAAUGACAGACCAAACAACUGAUAAAAACAUCACAAUUAACACAAUUAACAGUCCAUCAGUUAACAUCUCAUGAAGCCAAAAACAGUUUUUCACUUUAAACUGUCACUUCUAGCUAAAAUACGAGUCCUCUAUCCAAAUUAUUGCUGUUGCUAGUGACAAAGUCAUCUUAUCUGAAUCAAGAAAUAAAUAUGCACCAUUUUUGGCUAAAUCGAUGGUUUAAAGUUAAAUAACGUGUUAAUGAUGGAUUUGUUUCCUACAAACAUGCAGCUUUUGGCUCCACAAGAUGUUAACUGAUGGAUUGGAGUGGUGUGAAUUACUUGUGGAUUAUUGUGACGUUUUUAACAGCUGUUUGGACUCUCAUUCUGACGGCACCCAUUCACAUCCAUUGAUGAGCAAGUGAUAAAAUGAUACGUUUUUCCAAAUCUGGUGAAGAAACAAACUCAUCUACAUCUUUGAUGGCAUGACAGUGAGGAAAUUUGCCUUUUUGGGUGAAAUAUUCCUUUCGGAUUGAUCAAAAUGUAUAGGAUAUUUCAUGAUCGGCUCCAAAUUAUUACCCCUGUUCCACUAGGAAUCCAGUGCAGGUUUCUUCCAGAUGUGUUGACUAGGGUUUGGACAGCAGUUGUGCAGAUAUCAUAUUUGAUAUGCAUGCCUUUAAACACUAGCACUUUAGUGCAUGUACUCAGACGCUGUUGUACCUUGUGAUAAAGCUCAUGAUGUAAGCCCACACAAUCACACACACAAACACACACAUACACUGCCGUUCACCGUGUGGCGG